UUGAACGGAAAAAACAGUACCCAUUUUCUUGUGUAGAAAAAAGAGAGCGAGAGCAGAAGAGAAGAGUGCAGCGCAAGCUUAGAAGAGCAAAGUGUGUGAUGUGGUUGGACAUUCAGUCCCAAUCACAUGGCUUCUUCUUCUCCUUCUCCUCCAUCUUAUCUCACACACCUUCCUCUUCAUCCCUCUCACCAAGGUGAGAGUGAGAAGCGCGUGGAGGACGAUGAAUCGCGCGUUCCGAUUCACAUCGUGACCGCGGCGACGCAACUUCCCGUCGAAUUUCUGGAACCCUCGCCUCAAUCCAAGCUCGUCAUCGGCUUUGACUGCGAGGGCGUUGACCUGUGUCGCAAAGGCACUCUCUGCGUAAUGCAGCUUGCAUUUCCGGAUGCUGUGUACUUGGUUGAUGCGAUUGAAGGGGGAGAGGAGCUUAUCAUAGCGUGUAAGCCUGCACUUGAGUCUAAUUACAUCACAAAAGUGAUUCAUGAUUGCAAACGGGACAGUGAGGCAUUAUACUUUCAGUUUGGCAUCAAGUUGAACAACGUAGUGGAUACCCAGAUUGCUUAUUCACUUAUAGAGGAGCAAGAAGGACGAAAGAGAUUGCGAGAUGACUACAUUUCAUUUGUUGGCCUCCUUGCAGAUCCACGUUAUUGUGGCAUAUCAUAUGAUGAGAAGGAAGAAGUUCGUGUCCUUCUUCGACAGGACCCCAAGUUUUGGACACACAGACCAUUAUCUGAACAAAUGAUCCGUGCUGCUGCUGAUGAUGUUCGUUUUCUUCUCUAUAUUUAUCGCCAAAUGAUGGAGAAAUUAAAUGAGCGGUCUUUAUGGUAUCUUGCAGUCCAUGGUGCCUUGUAUUGCCGAUGUUUCUGUUUGAAUAGUAACAAUUUUGCUGAUUGGCCAUCUCUACCUUCAAUUCCAGUAGAUAACCUGAAUGCUGAUGGAAAUGAUCUCGAGGAAGAAAUUCUUUCAGUUCUUGAUAUUCCCCAAGGAAAGAUGGGACUUGUUAUUGGGAAAAGAGGGGCAACAAUUUUGUCAAUUAAGCGGUCUUGCAAUGCCGAAAUUCUCACGGGAGGUCCCAAGGGCCCACCUGACAAGGUCUUCAUCAUCGGACCGGUGAAGGAGGUGAGGAAAGCCGAGGCCAUGAUUCGGGGUAGAAUCUUGGAUAUAUAGUUAAGAAAUGUGUUACUUCUCUUUGAACCAAACUUCUGCAAUAAAUCAUUUUUCUGAUCCAAUAGUUACUAGCUUACUGCCUCUGAUAGUUGGACUGAGUUUUUAGGGGCAGGGGUCUGUUGUUCAAUACUUGAAAUUCCUUUUCCCAUGCUUGUAUCUACUGGAAAAGAGAAAAGAAAAAAGAAAUAGUUUUCUUAUCAACAAAACUGAAUAAUAUUUGAUCUGGAAGAUAUUUAUUGGAAUUAGAAAAUAGACUUGCCCAUAUGGAUUGCCACGAAAUCAAUCAGUUUGGAGCUCUGAUGUUGUAAAUGAUAAAUCAGAUUGUGAAAAUGAAUGGGGGAUCCUAUCAUAGGGUGCUUGUUCAAA